CAAUAAACGCAAUAAACUCUUAUCCUCUUUACUCAUAUUCUGAUACUGUCCUCGGCGAGGAGCGCUAAUGGCAGACCCGAAUGCCCCAGGCCAACCAAAAGACGAUAAUUCUCUAAAAUACCCUUGCGAUGCUGGGGUUUCCUCCGACGCACACCCUUCCGACACUCCAAACCUCGAUGAAGAAGAUUCCAACGAUCCACUGCCCGGUUCUGAUUCCGACGACUGCAACUCGGAAUGUGAUUCCACUCCGUUGACUGAUCUUCCCACGAAUCUUCGGGUGUUCUCUGAUUCGAUUCUCAGGAUGGAGCUGGCCAGGAUGGAGAUGGUCAAGGCAAUGGAAGCCUCGAGGUGUGAGGCGGAGAAACGAAGGGUGGAAUCGGAGGCGGAGUUGAGUCGGAUGAUGUUGUGGACUCAGUCCAGGAUCGCUUCGUUUGUCGCUGGAGAUGGAGAUAACAGGAAAAGGAAGCGUGGAGGAGAUGACGAGUCAAGACCUUAUUUUUCUUAAUGCAGACAAGGAGCUUCGCUGAUGAGCUUGUUGCAGUGUAACUUAAUCUUCUGAAGUUUCGCUAAAAUUAAUAGACUACUCUUUGGUUUAUCUAUUAUCAAAGUUGGUGGUGACAAUAAAUCUGUGAUCUAUAUCUCUUUGUAAUGUAACCAUAAUUAUAUUAAAUGAAAAACCUAUGAACAUGGGACUAAA